ACAACUUGACGUAGAUUUGUGCGAUUUGCUAAUGAUUUUCAAGUUGAAGUUACGAAUACUAGCGCUGUGGUUUGUUGGAAAACCUUAUAUUAAAUCUCAUAUAGCUUUUGAAAAAAAAUGGCGUUUGCUAACUAUGGAUUCCAUUCGGGAAACGAACGAGUCAGAGCGUUUUUACCUCUUCCGGUAGCACCGCGCGCCACCUCGACUCCAUUAGAGAACGUGCAACAGAAUGUCGACAUCUUCGUCAUACCGCCGACACCGGUAGCGCCGGUGCUUACGAGGGCCGUGAGCUUCCACUGCACCGAGCCGGACUUCGACGCUUUGUUUGACAACCCGCAGCAUUUCCGAUUUGGAUAUAUCGGUGGUAGUUUUGACGAGGGAACUCUGGACUAUGGGAACAGCCGCCUUUCAGACACUCAUUUGACCCCUUAUAUCGAUGUGGAUCCCGGCGUUCAUCUGGGUCACUUCUCGGAGACGCGAAGAAAUUCAAUAGCCCGGUCGGACAGCAUCAUGAACCUCUCCUUCACUGACAUGGUGCGAAAGAACUCCGAGCAUUCGCAGGGAUUUAUGGGCUUCCGGAAACGAAUGGCCACAGAGAUAAAUCACAAAUACUGCUCAUAUUUUCGCUGCGAUGAUACUGUUUUCAUCUUCCUGCAUGUUGUGUUUGGAAUAGUCUAUCUCUCUGCAGGCGUUUUGGGAAUGGCCCGCUGCUACGGCGACGUUUACGUCAACGUAUAUCUGAUAGCUGACGGCGUCCUGUCUGUGUUCCUGUUUACCAUCAACGUCAUGGAGUGGACGAGACACGUGGGCGGAUGCUUAGAGACCGUGAACAGGAGCAAUGGAGGGAUGAUCUAUGUAGUGAUUCUAAUCAUGAGGACCAGUGCUGUUGCAUUAGGAACGCUGUUAGUUUUCCACGGAAUGCACGGGAUUCCACAUGAGAACCUCGUGUGCGUUGUGGUACCAAUCCUUCUGACAGUGGGUGUGUCACUUGAAUGGGCGUUCCUUGUGUUGGCCGUCCUGCUGCCAUUCUGCGUAUACGCCCUUAUGUACUGUGUGGCAUGUCGCAGACGUUCGGAUAUGUCCGCCCUAGCGGACAAUAAUAAUAACAUAGAAACUAAUGGCGUGUAUCGCGUAAACACGGACUAAGAAAGGCUUGUUUGAGUUCGUUCAUCAUGCAAAAGCGAACGGAAUUCGCUGUGAGUUUCUCUAAAAGUGCGCCAUGCCCGUACUUACCUAUUUUAUCACAGUACAAUACACUCCAAAAAUGUGUCUUAAAUUCGCGGUUGUCGUGCAUAAAAUAGCAAUAAAAAUUAAAAAUGAAGUGAAAAUGAUCUGGAGUGAAUAGUACUACAUUUAACCUCUACUAGAAGUGUACUUUCAUUGUCCGUUAUUCAUUAAUUUUCAAUAAUUCAAUGUGCCAGCAUCUCAUAUUCGGUAAUACACUUUUGCUUGAUAACACCUCGCAUGCAAAUGAAACACGUUUACAUUGAAGUGACAAUGUGCAAAUUACAAACAACUUAUACGUGGUAUGGUGCGAUCGCAAAAUAAUGAUAUUAAUCAAAUUGCAUCGUGAUUUUAAUGACACUGCAAACAUGGGUACCUUGUAUCUGAACAUCGUUUGGGAUAAAUAUGGGGCUGAUAGGGUCAAUAUUAAAGGGGCUUUUUUAUUUAUGAUAUUUGUGAAGAAUAGUAAUACUGAACAUUUACCAUGCUCUAAAAUAUCUAUUAUAUGCGUAUUUUUGACGAUUUAUAAACAAAUUAUAAUUAGUUGCAAAGCAAAACGAUUUAAUAAUUUAGAGAGUUCUGUUGUUGUCGUUAUAUUUUGUGAUAGACGAUGAUUGCUUAUAUAAAGCAUAAAUACAUGACUCAUUUUAGAUACAAUAUUAACAUCUAUCAAUGUAAAUCAUUUAAUGACAAACUGUAAUACAUGCCAAAGUCUAUUAAAAGGCCCCUUUAAAGGUAGCAACAUACUACCUGCCGUGGGCUUGCCUAAAUAGUGGAUGGGGUUAAUGUCACCAUAAAUGAAUGUUAUAAAGGUGUGUUUCAAAAUAGCUAAAAAAAACUAGUUGAACUGUUUUAAUGAAUUAUAUUUAGAUAAUGACAAGUAUUACUUCCCAAAACAAUUGCAGACAGAACAAAAUACAACCAUAAUACAUGUUAGACUGAAGAACAGGAAUUAUACAGGUUAUAUCAAUAAACAUAUUGCUGGUUAUUU